UGUAUUGUUGUUUGAGUCAUGUUUUAUAAUGUGGUUUAACACACAGGCUAAUUGAGGAGCUGCUUUUAUCUGAGUCUGCUUGAUUCUUUCAACACCUUGUACCGUCACCCUGCGAUCCAGUCAGCGUAUUGGCAGUGGGCUCACUUGAUUGCAGAUCUGAGAUACGUGUGCGUGCCGCAACAAGAGGUCAUUUGGAACGCGGAUGGUGGCGAAACACGAACAGCGCACGCUUGUUGGAAUCCGCGCCCAUAGCCUAUAUUCGCUCUUUCCUAUCGGUGACAGAGGCUGAAAAAAUGACGAUUAAGAAAAGUAAAACCGUCGUUUUUGAAAGACGUGCAGGGGAUUUAACUGCGUUGUAUUGUAUGAAUGAUUGGGUGAUUGCAGUGGUGUUGGCUAUUAUUGCCAUGAUGUCUGUAUGGACUGCACUCAUCAUAUACAGAUAUAUACAGACAGAGAGAGGUAAAAGAAGAAGAAAGGUUGAUGACGACACUAUUUUGGAAACUGAAAAGGAUGAAAAUGAGACGACAAACGAAGAAAAAAUACUGUCCGGUGUCGAGUCAACAGAUGAGGGUGAAGAAGAGACACUGGAGAGCUGGGAUGGAGAGGAAUGGAGGAGAGAGCCAAUGGAAUGGAUUCCAACAACCAGUGAGAAUGUAGAACCCUUUGAGGAGAUCCCAACAAUACCCAAUGAGGAUGUAGAACCCAUUGAGGGGAUCCCAACAACCAAUGAGGAUGUAGAAUCCAUUGAGGGGAUCCCAACAACCAAUGAGGGUGUAGAACCCAUUGAGGGGAUCCCAACAACCAAUGAGGGUGUAGAAACCAUUGAGGGGAUCCCAACAACCAAUGAGGAUGUAGAACCCAUUGAGGGGAUCCCAACAACCAAUGAGGAUGUAGAACCCAUUGAGGGGAUCCCAACAACCAAUGAAGGUGUAGAACCCAUUAAGGGGAUCCCAACAACCAAUGAGGAUGUAGAAUCCAUUGAGGGGAUCCCAACAACCAAUGAGGGUGUAGAAUCCAUUGAGGGGAUCCCAACAACCAAUGAGGGUGUAGAAACCAUUGAGGGGAUCCCAACAACCAAUGAGGGUGUAGAACCCAUUGAGGGGAUCCCAACAACCAAUGAGGGUGUAGAACCCAUUGAGGGGAUCCCAACAACCAAUGAGGGUGUAGAACCCAUUGAGGGGAUCCCAACAACCAAUGAGGGUGUAGAACCCAUUGAGGGGAUCCCAACAAUAACCAUUGAGGAGAUAGAACCCAUUACAAGGAUUCGAACAACAACCAAUGAGGAUCUAGAACCCAUUAAACAGAUCCGAGCACGGACCAAUGAGGAUCUACAACCCAUUAGACGCAUCCGAACACUAACCAAUGAGGAUCUAGAACCAAUUAGACGGAACCGAACAGCAACCAAUGAGGAUCUACAACCCAUUAGACGCAUCCGAACACUAACCAAUGAGGAUCUAGAACCAAUUAGACGGAACCGAACAGCAACCAAUGAGGAUCUACAACCCAUUAGACGGAUCCGAACAACAACCAAUGAGAGCGAUGGUCCUUACACGUGGGAGUCGUAUGCUGAGUGGCAGAUCGUUGAGGAGUUUCACCUCGGCUCUCAACCUCAAGAGCACUGUGAAGGCACAUGUCAGCACUAUGACGGUUUAUGUCAGGUCUGUGGAGGCUUGUGUCAUUGCAGUGAAUGCUUAUGUCAGUUCUACGAAGGCUUGUGUCAGGACGACGCCGAGUCCCAGACUGACCGUACCGUGGGUCAAGAGGAGCAGGCUUCUACCAGUCACUAUUCCCUCAGUGACAUAAACUAUCAAUCUGGACAUGAGAAGGAUACAGAUGUGUAUAACCAGGACAAGGAGGAUUUGAAGGAAGUUGAACUGAGUGAUGAUUGUCAAUGUGAGAGCACAGAGGAGGAGUCCGAGGUAAACCAUCCACAUGCCUUUGCCAUCAAGCCUCAGAGAGAUCUGGAAGAGCUCAAUGAAAAUCUCCCUGACAUGAUAUUGACUGACACUGACCUUCAAGAACCUGACCGUGUGUGUUAUACAGAGAUACAGGAAGUACAAUACACAGAUGAUGACAUGACCAGCCAUGUUGUCUUUUACAACGAAGAGAGGCUGGAGAUGACAUUGACUGACACUGAACAUGUGUCGGAUAAAGAAAGAGAGGAAGUAGAAUAUCUGGAUGAUGACAGACACAGCCAUGUUGCUUUUGGCAAAGUCCAGGAAAGUGAAAAGCUACCUGAUAUGAAAUUGACUGACACUGACCGGAUAGAACCGGAACGUGUGGAUGAGGUGGAGAGAGAGGAAGUAGAAUAUCCAGAUGAGGUAAUCACUGAAGGUCCAGAACAUCCCAGUGAAAACAUCCCAGAGAUAUUGAGUGACACUGACCUCCAACAACCUGGCAAUUUAUGUGAAGAAGAAACACAGGAAGUAGAAUGUACAAGUGAUUAUAUGGACAGCCAGGUUGCCUUUGUCAGCGACACUCAGGAACCAGAACAUCCCAAUGAAUAUCUCCCUGACAUGAUAUUGACUGACACUAAGCCUAAAGAACUUGACCAUGUGUGUGAUUCAGAGAUACAGGAAGUGGAAUACCCAGGUGCUGACAUGACCAGCCAUGUGCCGUCAGUCUCUGAUAGGACCGUAGAAGACGAUAUGAAAGAAGCUAUGGUCGAGGAUCUUGACAUGGAGGCUAUGGUAGAGGAUCUUUGGAGGAAGGACGGUCUACUUCAUGACUAUGUCAUUGACGAGUUGAGCCAGCCAACCGAUGUUAGAGACACACAUGUGGCUGAGAGGAAAGGAGACAUCGUUGAUGAUAACAGAAAGGACACGCGUGUAGAGGAGGAGAAGAAAAGACAGAGUGAUGAUACACGGAUAGAGGAGAGUUAUGAGAAAGUUGAAAUUAACAUAAUGGAAGCCACGAUGGACUACAAUGAAUGGAUGACAGUGAGCGGCACAGAGGACAACAGUGACUCCCCAUGGGUGAGGAUAAGCCACUCGUCCAUCGAAUGCUCUUCUGCUGAGGCGGAGCAUCAUCCCACAGAAACACAUCACAAUUCAGAUGAUCCAACGGUGGCUGACGCAACCGCAUUAGAGGAGGUCAAAGAAACAGGAACCAAACCUGUAUCACCAGAUGGAGACCUGUGUAGGAAUAAGAAGAUGGCGGCUGUGCUUCCUAUCAAACCCAAGACUGUACGGGUGAGGUUCUGUGUCCACUACCGCACCCAGUCUCCCUGGCAGGAGCUGGCUGUGACAGGGAACCAGCAGGAGCUGGGGAGCUGGACGGGCUUCGUUCCACUGGAGAGAGCCCAGGACGGGUUCUGGGCCAGCUGGGUCGUCCUCCCAGCGGAGAAGCAGGUGGAAUGGAAGUUGGUGCUGGUGGAAGAUGGAGAGAUCCUACGCUGGGAGGAGGGUGGUAAUAGACACCUGGAGACAGGUUGGGGUGGUGGAGAGGUGUAUCUCAACAAGUGGUGGGGCAGCCUCUGAGUAACAGGUUCCUACUGGGCACCAACUGGUUGGAACAACACCGUUCUUCACAAACAAAUAUAUAUAUCAAUGUGAUGACGUUGAAUCGAUGUGGAAAAAUAAUUUUAUUUGCAAAAAAACGUAAAGUAAUUUUGACAUUUUUAAUAUUUUCUUACCCAAUUGUUAACCGAAAUCCUAUAACAAACACAGUUUGCAUGUUUGGGGAUUUGAAAACUAGACAUUGAAAUGACACCUGUGCCCAGUGGGGCAGCCUCUCUGUGCCCAGGGGGGAAGCCUCUGAGUGAUAGGGAGGGAAUGGCACUAUAAUUUCCAUUUUCAUACUACUUAGAAUGCAUAGCCAUUUUACAUUUUAACAUUUUACUGGCGCUAGGGGUCAUAUAUGUGUGUGUGUGUGUGUGUGUGUGUGUGUAUAUAUGUAUAUAUACAGUCGGGAGAACAAGUAUUUGAUACACUGCCGAUUUAGCAGGUUUUCCAACUUACAAAGCAUGUAGAGGCCUGUAAUUUUGAUCAUA